AUGCAGAUAAUUUGUGGAUCGUCAUACCACGAGUCCAGCGCCGGGAGACCCAAAGGCCCAGACAUCCAAAGGGACCCCAAGAGCGAAGGCACCAAGGAGGGGCCAGCCCAGGAAAUCAGACCAAGGGAGGAGGUGAUACAGCCCCGAGGAAGUCCCACAGCCACCGCAAUGCCGGCACCCCGGAGAGCCGCGGGGACGAGUCCCCGGGCUCCGCCGGCAGCCAGCCACCAUGAGGUGAAUCUGGCCCUGGGCCCCAGGGAUCCAAGGCCCCAGGGGCGCCCAAACCCCAGACAGGAGCCCCAGCAAGGCCCCGGCCGGCCGGGCCCCACGGAGAGGCCGCCAGGACUGAGCCAGCAGCCAUCCGGGCAACCACCCCCAAACCCCGAGCUUCACCAGUGCACCGCCACUACACGCCCCUCCUUCCGACCUUCUUUGGAGAGAGCAGAAGUGAUAGCCCCACCCCCGUCAGGCCACCCAGGCCCUGCAGCCGCCCCCCGUCAAGACCACAGACCAGGCGGCUUGCUCUUCCUCCAAGCCCCAGACUCCAGGUGGCAGCCGGAGAACAGGGCAGAGUACAAACCCCUGAAGGGGUAUGCAUCUGCCAGAGGUGUUAAUGUCCAUGCCCCCCCAGCCCAACAGGCCCUGAGGCACCCCAGCAGACCAGAGGCCGCGGCAGGGCCAGACAGCCGGGCGUACACCAGCCCAGACCCCAAGCAGCACUCCCCACAGAACACGGGGCCCCCUCCAGAGGGCAACGUGCCCCAGGGUUCCCAGAAACCUGGACCCACCCCGGACCCACCCAGCAGCAGCACAGCUACCAGGCCAGUAGCCCACUUCCGCCACCACACAACCCCCCAAGAGCACCACAUGCGGCUGCCGAAGGACCCCCGGAGGUGUCCCAGGCCCGCCCCGAUGGGGGCAAUAGACCCCAGGGCGAGGCCCGCCAGGCACCCCAAUCCGGGCACCCCCCCGAGCCCUCCAGGACCCAACAAUCCCCGAACCAUCCCCUGCACCCCGUAG